GGCGCCCACCUGGCGCUGAUCGAUUCCCUCAUGGCCGCCUUCGUCGCCGAGGCCACCCGAAAUUUGGGGGCCCCCCCAGGAGCCCCCCCGGGACCCCAAUCCUGGGAACCCAAAAUUUUGGCUUGGCUGGAGACGGUGAAUCGGAAGCUGCAGGAGAGGACGGAGAAAGAGGGGGGGGGGCCGGCCCCGAAUUUGGGGGUCCCCGAGAGCUCCACGGCGCCCCCCGGAUGCGGGCACAAGGUUGGGGGGAAAUUUGGGGGGGACCCCAAAAAAUCCUAAAAAAUUCCCUGAAAAAAUCACAAAAAAUCGU